AUGAGAAGAGCUACCAAAGAAUAUCUAAAAACCACGUAUAGUGUCACUAUGAAGAGUUGGUUGGAAGCCAGUGGCAUGGACGACGGGUCCAUGUCCUGUUUGCUCUCAGAACCACGGGAAGCAUUGCUCCCAAUCACGGGAAGAGAGAACUUGGCUCCGAGAAAAAGGGAUAGAACAUUGGAGCCGUGUGCACUUUCGGAGGAAGCUUACCUAUCAAGCAGUGCUGGCUCCCCUUGUGCUGGUCUCUCGAGAGAAGAACGUCGCAGACGACGCCGAGCUACCUUAAAGUAUAGAACUGCCCACGCCACAAGAGAAAGAAUCCGCGUCGAAGCUUUUAAUGCAGCAUUUGGCGCCCUAAGAAGAUUACUGCCUACCUUACCACCAGACAAAAAACUGUCAAAAAUCGAAAUUCUCAGACUCGCUAUAUGUUAUAUCGCUUAUCUCAAUCACGUGUUGGAUGCGUAAGUCAUAAAACUGAUAGGGAAACCUAAUCAGUUAAUGUGUUAGAUAUCAUUAAUUUAUUAGUCCCGGCUGCAAUUGUGCCGGACAAAAGGCUAGGUCUGGACUAGUAACAUUACUGGUGAAGAGUGGUUGUAAGAUUUAAAUGUGCGAACCUCCUUCUAAGAAGUGCGAUGAUGAUUUUGUUGGUUAUAUAUAAGCCUUGCUUUAUUUUAGUAUAUGUCUACAAACUAAGGCUCAAUAUAAUAUCGCAAUAAAACGUAUUUCUCAAUCUAUCUUCUUAUUAUUUUACAUAGUAUGCAUCUAUGACUCACCGUAUGUUAUAUCGUUAAACAAAUUCUAGUCAUAAUUGUCUGUUAUAUAGUGUGUUUGUGUAAAUUUCAGCCAGAAAAUAAAAAACUUGAUUAAAAAAUGUUAAUACUAUUUAUUUACAACUUAACUUUCUAGUCAUAAGUUUAAAUUACAAUCAUUCAUGUCUUUGAUAACUGCGAUACACAUUCUAUCAGUUAUUAUAUACACUUGAGGCAUUAUCUUGUAUGGUACUCUUACUAUUUAAUUACAUUGAUAUUACAAGAUCUAGUUUAUUUUUUUAACAUAUUAUGUGUUUACCUUCUUAGACCGUCCAAAUAACUCAAUAGUACCGGGAAGAAUACCAUUCCGUGUAAGAAACCAAGGAUAACUAAGCUCAAGAACAUCCUAAAGAAAAAUACUUCGAUAAUUUCAGUAUACGAAAAGGCUAACACUAUUAUAGGAAUGUUAGUAAAUGUAAUUCCAGUAAUUAUUGUGGCUCCUACUUUCUGAAUGGCUUCUGCUAUUUUUUCAUCACCCUGACGUUGACUGGUAGAAUAAGCGUAAGAAAUGUGACUACAAAAUUCCACGGCAAUGCCGAUAGAUACAAUCAAAUUAACACAAGAUACAGCGUUCAGAGGGAUAUUCCAAAUGUACAUGAUUCCCAUCAUAUUUACAAUAACCAAAAUCACGUUAAAAGUAACAGCGAACGUUGUUAAAAUGUUGAAACCAGAAGCUAUAAGAUUAAAAAACAAAGCACCAAGAAGACAUAACCCGAUGGCCAGAAAAGUAUCAGCCCACAUGGUUAAAUAUUGUUCAUAAAAUACAUAGAAAAUAGAAUAGGGGAACACCUCUAUAUCGAGACCUGUAUGCUUUUUAAUAGCGUCCAUUAUUUCACCACUGACCCUAUAGCCGUUAUCAACCGCAGUAAUAUAAUCUUUCGAAGUACUUAAGGGUGAGUGAUAAGCCAUAAAAUUCGUAUCUUGGACAGUUGCUCGACCUUCCGAAUCCAGUACAUAGUUGACUGCUGCUGAAUAACUAGCUAAACCAGCUUUAUUGCAGAUCUCAGUAGGUGGGUCUUGCAAGAAAAAAGGAAUAUACUUUUCAAAUGCUUCCGGUUCAGGCCUCAAUCUACCAUUAGCGUAAUCAGACCGUGAAAUAUUACAGUGUCUACAGUCCUCUGAAUUAUCCCCGCUGGCACAGAAUCCAUAACUUGAAGUAUUAUAUUGGCAGCAAACUCCAUAUAAACCGGACCAAUCGAUAAAAUCGUCUAACCAGGAAUUAGAAGGUUUUGAAAUAUAUGUAAUAUCACUAUGUAAAGUGGCUAAAAAUAUUUGCAUGUUCAGAGAAUCUUUGUGACACAGCUGCCCUCCACAAAUAACGUUUUGAUGAUUAGGAUUAGUGUAAUUCAAACCGCCUUUAACAACAAAGUAUACUGGUGGUCCCAUGCGGAUAUAGCUAGCAAGAGCUUGCAAGUAAUGGUACACGUAUGAGUCUGAAGGAAGCGCCAUUUCUUGAUCUAAACCUACUUCAAGAUCCGGAACAAACAUCACGUUGACAGAAACCAAAGCCAUAAAUAAAAUAGCUACUACUACUUUAACGCGCCAAUCAAGUAUAAAUUUUGAAUAUGGCACCAUCAGCCUUUGAGUAACGCCUUUAUAAGGAGUUUCAGAAUGCAGGGGAUUUUCAUCAUCCAAUAUUUUUUUCUGAACACAACAGAAUAAGUCUAACCUAUUUUGACUAGUUCUUUUAUAGUCUAGGGCAAGUAAUGCCACGAUAGUAGUUAUUUGAAAAACGAACAGAAAUGCUAAGGAAAAUGUUGCAAAUACAGCAAAUGUUACUACAGCAGGGAAGUUAGCAAGACAGCCAAUAGCAAAACAAGUUAUUUGUGUAACCGAUGACACAAACAUUGAAGGACCGACGCUUUCCAACAUUUUUUCAAAGACAUAUCUUUUCCUUUUUUCGAAACUCCAGUCUUCUUUGUAAUCGUCAAAUGAUUUUAAGUUACUUUGGAUGUCAUGAAGCGUGUUUACCAUAAGAAAAACAUUAUCAAUUCCUAUAGAUAAAAUGAAGAAUGGAAUUACAUUAAUCGCUAGUAGUGUUAAUGUUAUCUGGGCAUAACCCAUUACACCCAUCGCACACACAAUUGCUACGACUACGGUAAGAAUACUACCCAGGGCCACCAUUACCUUGCUGUCGAUACACCGAGUUUUACAAGAUCUCACAUUUCCUAAAGAUAUUGUUACAUAAAUAAACAUGAGAAUGUAACUUAUGGUAAUUGGCACUGCUUCCGCAACGGAAACACGUUGAAUCUCAUCUUCUAUUGAUCUCUCUGCUGAAUAAGCCACAGAAACAAACUCCGGAUCAACAUUAUUUUUAUAUUCAUGUAAAAGGUCUAAAAACUUUUGUUCCCAUUCUAAUACUGGUUCUAGGUCUUCGUUCAAAAGAAAGUUCGAUAUGGGAAAAUUAAUAAGAAGAGUAUUGGCACUUAAGAUAUCACCAGGUUCAAAACCCCCAAAAGCUAAAUCAGGUUCAGCUCCGCCACCCCAUGGAGCUAAACAACCAAAUCCGUAGUGAUUAUUUAUACAACUCUGAAUCUCGCUAAGAUAAGUAGCAUUAUUAAUUGUAUUUGUGUUGCUUAAAUAAGAGGUAGCAGACAUAGACACACAGAGAUUAACAUCUUUAGGAGAAUUUUGUGCUCUAAGGGGAGCAUAGCAUACGUCAGCUAAAGUAACUCCGCCUCCCUCACUGUUUAUGUUUUUAAUUUUAUUUUCAAGUUUAACUAAUUCCUGUAUUGAUUCUAAGUGAAAUGCAGGGCCGUACCACUGCUCACCAUCCUCAUUAGUAACGUUGAAGGGAUUUGAAUGAAAAGUUAAGAACACUUGCGCGGUGCGAUAAAAUGGACCAAAUCUUUCAUUGAAAAAAUUCAAUUCCUGACGGCUUCGAGAAUCUGGUGCUGACCAAAGUUCUAUUGGAUUUGAAGUUAAAUUCAGAUUCAUUACACCCCAUACCAUUGCAUACAGAACCCAAGAUGUAAUCAUUAUUAUUAAAACAGGGUUGCUCGCAGACAAUCCUCCAAUCUUCGCGAAUAGUACUUGAAACAUCUUGGUCAUCUUAUUUGGCCCAGACAUACCUUUUUUAGCUAUUGGUUCUUUGUUCUGUUUUUUACGUUGUACACAUGUCAAUAUAAUAAAUAUUAUUACACUGAUAGCAAAGAAACCCAUCCCGAUAGAAAAUCCAACACAAGUAAGUGUUAACACAUUGCAUAUAUCCGGAACGUAAGGUUCACUAUCUGGACAUGUACUUAUGCAGUCCAUACAACUACACGGAAGAUCACCCUCGUAAGUUUCAUAACAAGGUAACACUUCUUUGUGCAUUGAAGUGUCUUUGUCAGAUGUCAUAAUAAAAUUUACUUGUACCGGUGUUAUAGGAUUUGCUUGUGUAUCUCCAGUGAAUGAAAACCAAGCUUCUGCUGUACAAUUUACUGCACUACCACACAUCAUGGUUAGAGCAUAUGUACCUGUCUGUGGCACGAUGACAUCAGAGCAGGAAGAAUGAGUUCCCAACAUAAAGUCUUCAUGAAGUCUGUAGUUUAUUUCGUUGACGUAUACCUUAUUGUCUGCACCCACCUCGGUUUUAACUUCCACGAAACGAGACUGAUCGGCUGCACAGUUCAUUUCGCAAAUUUGCCUUGCAAAAUUUCUAAAGCAAGUUGGACACCGACCAAGAAUACUCUCAGCGAGUGUUAAACUUUCUGCCAUACUGAACACUUGCUGUGAAGAGCAGCAUGUAUAAAUCUCAUCGGCUGGUAAUCUGUUUCCUUCAUCAUCGAUAACAAACGUGGGACAAAUUCUUUCAAAUGUUGAUAUUACACUUUCAACAUCUUUAUCUUCUACAUCUGAAAUUAUUUUUAAUGCUUCUGUUUCUGCAUAGCAUGGCUUUAUUUUUCCAUCUAAACCAUCACAUUCGCCACGCAUCACACAUUUUGCAUUAACACUACACCAGAGAGUCAAAAAACACAAAACUGCUAUGGACAACUGCAUUUUGAGUUAUUUACUUGGUUUGUACACACUAAUUUAAAGCAACAUUGCUACUAUAACAAAAGGACUGUCAUCGCCAAGUAU